AUGUCUUAUAACAAGCCUACAAGCCCUCCCCCUUCCUACCCACAACCAGCCUACGGCAACCAAGGCGGCUAUCAAUCCCCGCCUCCCCAAGGCGCCGCAGGUGAUUACUACGGCGGAGGCCAAGGAGGCCAAGGAUACUACGGUCAACAGCAACAAGGCUACCCCCAACAACAGCAGGGAUACUAUGGCCAACAGCAAAACAUGUACUAUCCCCCGCAGCAGGGCUACCCACCUCAACAGCAAGGCGCAUACGGCGGCGGUGAUCGAUUUGGAGGAGGCGGCGGUGGUCGUGGAGGCUCCGGAGCUGGUGGUAUCUGUGCAGGUAUAAUGGCCGCGAUGGCUUGUUGCUGCUGCUUGGAUAUCUUGUUCUAA